GAAGUUUUGAAUAACGGUAUCCGUUAAUCCGUAUCAACAACUAUAUAUCCACCAUUAUUCAAAACCUAAAACUUGGAAAAUCUGAUCAAAAUAAAUGAAAACUUAUAACGAUCUAAGAAGUAUUUAAGAUGAUUUUGUACAUGAUAUAUCUCUAGUUCACUUUUCACGAUAGGUACUUAGUUUGGAGAAAGGACAUUACAAUUCCCCAAAAAAACCAAAACCUGAUUCACAAGUAAACCCUUCAAAAAAAUUAAAAGAGAAUCAACAGUGACUUCAUGAAUCAACUCUCCGACCCACCUUCUUCACGAACCUCCAAUCCCUCUCUCCUAUCAUAUGACACUAUAAAUGAAAACCCACUGCUGUCUAAUUUCUCCACGAUAUAUCGUAUUCGUUUCAGCAAGCAUCAUCAUCAUCAUCAAGAAAGAGAGAAAAUGUCAGAUUGGGGACCGGUGCUAGUGACGGUGAUACUCUUCGUGAUGCUCACGCCGGGGCUUCUGUUUCAGUUGCCGGGCCGACAAAGAUAUGUUGAGUUUGGUAAUUUUCAGACAAGUGCUGUCUCCGUUAUCGUCCAUUCUCUUCUCUACUUCUCCCUUGUUUGCGUCUUCCUUCUCGCACUCAAGAUUCACAUCUACAUCGGCUAAUUAAUUAUUUUGUUUUCAUCCCUUUUUGUGUGUGUUUUCAAGUUUUCUUUUGAUUAACUUUUUAACCUUAAAUCAUUUAUCCAAUAUUUUAAUUCCAAA